AUGGGACAGAACGAGUUCAGCGAGCGUCUGAAUAAUCAGGGGCUGCUCCUUGACAAGAUCGAGGGCAUUGAGGUACCGCGCCCAUAUGCCCUUCUAUGGCGACCUGUCACGAGAGCAAGAGAAUUGCAGCCAGGAUACGAUUCGAGGACCGAUUUUGUAUAUCUCCUCUCGCGCUCCCCGCCUCCUUCGUGGCGCCUUAUCUUCGAGGAGUUGGACCAGAAGUGGCAGCGUCAGGAACAAGCCGCCUACUGGGCCAGCCAGCAGGCGCAGAUGCAUGAGCAGCAGCUGGCGGCGGGUUGGCAACAGGUGCCAUACGCUCAUCCACAGCAGGAUGAGAUGGGUGGCCCUGGUAGUCAGAGCGCGCAAUACUGGGAGGCCAGGAACGCGGAGGAGAGACUUGCUGCUGCGCAUCGAGCAGCGGAGCAACGGCGCCGGGAUGCGACGUCGAUGGAGAGGUUAGACAGCGGUGUCGACAUGUUGGGCCGGAACAAUGAGUCCGGGCUUGAAGAGACUUUUGCGUCCGACGCAUGUAUCGAUCCAGCCUUGCUCGAUAUGGGAAACGGACGGUAG